GCUAAACCAGCCUCGCACUGUGACACUGUGCUAUAGGCACACAAUGCAGAGAUCUCUGUGGAAGGUCAGGUGUGCUACUCUCUGCUUCGCUCUCCUAUCCAUCACUGGGGUCCAGCUCAAGCCUUUGUAUGAGCAGGAAAGAAUGAUUCAGCUUGAAGCAGUAAAGAAGAGCAUUUUGGAUCGUCUGGGCUUACACAAACCUCCUGUCAUUGGGGAGAAACUGGACAGAGAGGAACUGAGCAAAAUGCAUUUGUUAUACCAGGAGAAGUUAAUGGAGCUCAGAGGAAAUCUAACCAAAGAUGAGACUUCAGAACGGAGAGUGCAUAUACUAACACCAAAACUAGAGCGUAGCUCAAAGAAAUGUGAUCUGCAGAAAAGCAGCAGUCAUCGUUACAACCUGGUCUUCUCUAGGACUCAGAAAUUCCAUCACAGGCUAAACGUCAUGAGAGCUGAGCUCAAGCUAUGUAAACACAUCUUGGCUGGAUUGCGACCUGCAGCAGCUAACUCGACUUCGAAAGCUAUGGUGAACAUUUAUAAAGUUGUAGAAUCAAGGUAUGCCUAUGGAGGGCAAGAGCAUAAAUUGCUUGAUUCUAAACCAGUAGACAAAGACACAUUGACAUUAAACGUUAAUUCUGCUGUGCAGCAGUGGUUGGCAAGUUCAGAGAAAUGCCUCCGACUGGAGCUAGUAAUCAUGCCGAACACCCCUUUUUUGAGUGGUGGCAGCAAACAAAUAGAAGCAAAUGAUGCACUGGUGUUAGAAGUGGAGACUCAGGAAAAAACACACUUCAGAACAAGAAAAGGAAGAUCUCUUGCUGCAGAUGAGGACUGCAAAAAGAGUGAGAAGAAGUGCUGUCGUAAGUCCUUGUUGGUGUCUUUUGAACAGAUUGGCUGGAGUGAUUGGAUUGUACAUCCAUCCACCUAUGAAAUGCGGUUUUGCGAUGGAUCUUGUCCACACAACUACAAGCCAGCAAGCAUGCAUGCUCAAAUAAAAUACAGAAUGCAUCACAUUAAUGGAGAUACUCCAGCCCCUUGUUGUGUUCCUGGCAGCUAUGAUCCUAUGGUACUCAUGCAUUACAAUGCUGAGCGCAAAUUGGUCUUUACAGUCUUUGAGGAUAUGAUUGUUAGAAAGUGCCACUGUGCCUAAAGAGGAAAUGAGUCAAGGCUUUUAUUCUGAUGGUGCAAAUUAUCCCAUGCCAUAGAGAUUGUAUCUUUGGAAAUUGCAUCCGAUGCAUCUAAUUAAACACCUCAUGUUUACAUAUCUUUUUAAUCCACCGAAAGCAGUGGAAUGCUGAAGGCCAACAACCUGUGCUACUAUAUGCAGUCGACACAUGGGAUCUGAGCAUGUAAUCUUUCUGGCUCAUAUUAACCAUGGGGCUAUCAUUCAGAAUUAAAAUGGGUGUUAUAUUUAAAUUCUGCAGCGGCAAUACCCUAGAAGGGCAAUUCACAGAUGUUAUGUGCAAAAAUGAUAAUUAUUAGUUAUCCUUGCUGUUUUCCCAAUUAAUUAAUUAAUCUGAGAUGUCAUUAUCAUGAAAUACAUGCAGGAUGAAUAUAGAAUAUCAGACACGUUUUA